CGCCAAAGGAACCGGUGGAUCCAGAAAGGUAAACUUCACCGAAACCAGGACGUGUUGUUGAAGCUUUUGCUACAUUUUUGAUAUAGAAGGCGGCAUUAUUUUUACAGAAGAGUUUUUGCGUCGGGAUGGCAGGAGCGGCGGAGGAGAGCAGCUGGAGCGGCGGAUGCGCGCAGGCAGCGCCGCUGAUGGCCGCAGGUGACGGAGAACCAGAGGAGGCCGAGGAGUUCACCUGCCCGGCCUACUGCUGCCAGCUCUCCCGGCGGCAGAACGAGCAGAGGAAGGCGGGCCUGUUUUGCGACCUGACCCUGGUCUUUAGCUCCAGGGGCGCAUCCAGCGGGGAGAGGCACCUCACCUUACCUGCCCACCGCUGCGUCCUGUCCGCCGCAUCGCAGUACUUCGAGCUGCUGCUGGGAGGACAGUUCUCCGAGUCCCAGACCGGGAGGGUGGAGCUCAGGGAGUGGAGCUCCGCGGCGGGGCCGGACCCGGAGACCGUGGAGGCCGUCAUACACUUCAUGUACACCGGAUCGGUCAGGGUGACCAAUGCAAAUGUGCAUGAUGUGCUGGAACUGGCUGACAGGUUCCUUUUGGGUCAGCUAAAGAACUUCUGUGCAGACUUCCUAGUGAAGAAGUUGAGUCUAUCCAACUGUGUAGCCGUGCACAGCCUGGCACACAUGUACAGUCUGAAUGAACUCGCCCUGGAAGCUGCAGAGAAGAUCAGAAGAAACUUCCACAGAGUUAUUCGCAACGAGGAAUUCUACACUUUACCGUUCCACCUAGUGCGAGACUGGCUGUUGGAUUCUGAAAUCACAGUGGACUCUGAGCUGGAGCUGUUUGAAGCGAUCGUGAAAUGGGUUCACCAAAACCCGGAGGAAAGGGAGCGGUAUUUUGAGGAGCUGUUUAAGCUCGUUAGGCUUCCUCAGAUUCCUCCUACUGACCUGACGCGUUUGGUUAGAAAGGAGCCUUUAGUCGCAAACAGCUCGGUGUGUCAGCAGCUGGUUGUCGAUGCGCUGGAGUAUCAUGCUGUUUGCUCCGAGAGCGUCAAAUCGGGUAACUUGGAUCCAUCUACCUUGUACAUGGCAGCCAUCCACCCACGUCUUGGUGAGAACAUGGAUGUGAUCAUGGUGAUCGGGGGUGUCUCAGAGGGCGGGGAAUACCUCAGCGAAUGUGUCGGCUACUUUGUCGCAGAGGAUCGUUGGGUCAAUCUGCCCCACAUUCACAACCAUCUGGACGGUCACGCCGUCGCGGUUGCAGGGGGCAACGUUUAUGUGGCGGGCUCCAUGGAGCCAGGCUUCGCAAAGAUGGUGGAACGAUACAACACAAGCCUCAACUGUUGGGAGGAUGUCAGCAGCUUGACCACGCGAAAGCACUCCUUUGGCCUGACGUGCGUCAGAGAUGUCCUCUACGGUAUUGGCGGUCAUGGUAACUUCAGUCCAGGCUUUAAGGAUGUAACAGUCUAUAAACCAGAGCAGGACGAAUGGAUCAGCCUUGAGCCAGCGCCAAAGAUCCUACGAGAUGUAAAAACAGUGAGCGUAGAUGAUCGCUAUGUGUAUGUGAUGGCCAGGACCCCUGAAGACAUAGACCACGAUGAUGGACUGAGCACUGUGACCAUGUGCUAUGAUACGGAGAGUCUCAGGUGGCAGGAGGUGCACUCAUUACCUCUGAUUGAUAACUACUGUAUCUUUCAAAUGGCCGUCUCAUCCUCAACCUUCUACCACACCGCUUCCUGCUGCCCCAAAAGCUACAAGGUAACAUUUGAGACCGCUCAGCAGAAAGUGAGUAGAACAAUCCCAGAGGAGAUCCUCGACAGCCUCCCCUCAGAAGUUCUCGGCAUGGAAGGAGCCGCCAUCUGCUUCCUGGGUGAGGAUGUCUUCGUCAUCGGCGGGUGGAGGAACAGCGGCAACUUGGACAGGCAGUACCGCAAGGAGGCGUACCGUUACUGCGCAGAGAAGAAGCGCUGGACGCUGCUGCCGCCCCUACCCCAGCCGCGCUGCCGGGCGGCGGCCUGCCACGUCCGCAUUCCAUACAGAUACCUUCGAGGCAACCAGCGCUUCCCCAUGCCACAGAACCUGGCUCGCCAACGAGACCGAAUGCAGCAUAUGCAGCAGCUCCAACGACGCACACUCAGCCUGCGGAGACAGAUGCACUCUCAGAUUGAAUGCUAAUGAAGGAUUAAAGAUGCACAGGAAAACAAGCACUUUUUCUGCAGAUUUGUGCCUUCUUAUUUGUUGUUGUUAUAAUGGAGGUUUAAGGUGUACCUGGAGCUGGCUUGAAAUGUAGGAAAUUACUGUUCAGACUCAAGAUUUAAAGUUAAACUAAUUUAUUUGGGUUAUCUGAUCGAAUCCAUUUCUUUGUUAAGGGUUAGGGUUUAUUUGUUUCCUUUACUUUAUCACUGCUUAUUCGUUUAAUCACUACAGACAGGAUAAAUUAAAAUCUUAAUUAAAGAGUUAAGUAAUGACAGUUGCAGACAUAAGUGUGGAUGAAUCAUGAUUUGGU